UUAUCUUUUAUCUUAAAGAAUAUGUAUAUAUUAUUUGAGCCCACCUGUGCCUGAACAUUUUUGAACGGAUGGCUGUUGCGAAGAAGAGUUUGGGGUUCAUAAUUGAUUCUUCACCACAAUCAUGGUAGGCUGCUGAUGGAGUCCUUUUGCUCGUUGCAAAUUUGGAGAAGCAAAGCGAAGCUCUCAUGGAGUCAUCAAUCAUCAAGCAAAGAUACUCUUUCUGUAUAUUGGCGAGCUUCUUUGGCUUCCUCUUCCUCUCUCUCUACCAUGACCAAGGCCAGCAUCUAAUCACUAUCGUUUCAUCUCUUAAAAGCUCGAGCUCCGCCGAUGAUUAUAAAGUCUCAAUCACAGAGAUCAGACAGGUCAAUAUCAUCUCAUCUCCUCGAAAUGUUUCAACUUCGCAAGUCAAUACUACUAUCUCAACUUCACAACUCAAUACCACUAUUGAGAUUGUUUCUUCACGUGAGAAGAUGGAGGUGUCGUUGAAGUUGAACAGUAGUGUUAGCGAGAAAUUGGAGGCGUUGAUAGAAGAGGAGGAGGAGGAGGAGGAGGAAGAGGAGGAGGAGUGUGAUAUUUUUGAUGGGAUGUGGGUUUAUGAUCCUAAGAAUUAUCCAUUGUAUCAUGGUUAUCAGUGUCCUUUUCUCAGUAAUCAAGUGAGCUGCCAAAAAAAUGGGAGGCCAGACUCUGAUUAUGAGCACUGGGGGUGGAAACCAAGAGGCUGUGACAUUCCAAGGUUUAAUGGGACUGAUAUGCUAGAGAGAUUGAGAGGUAAGAGGGUGGCAAUUGUUGGGGAUUCUCUUAAUAGAAACCAGUGGGAAUCCAUGGCAUGUCUCCUUUACUCAUCCAUUAAACCAUGGCGAGCAUUUGUGAAGUUAAACGAUGUGUACAAAAUCUUUCGAGCUCUGGAGUAUGAUUUCACGCUUGAAUUCUACUGGAGCCCGUUUCUGGUCAAAGUAGACCAAAUGAAGAAUGGAUCAAAAGUGUUGAAGCUCAACGAGCUUAUAGAACCAUGGAAAUGGCAAGGCGCUGACGUCUUGGUGUUCAACACUGGACACUGGUGGACUCAUCAUGGGAGAUCACAACCGUGGGAUUUUUAUAAGAAGGAAGGAAAGCUGGUUGAGGAUAUGGAUGGGGACCUGGCAUUUCAGACUGGACUCAAUACUUGGGCGAGUUGGAUUGAUCGAAUGGUGAAUCCGAACAAGACGAAAGUUUUCUUUCGCAGUAUCUCUCCUGAACAUAAACCGUAUAAUCUUCACUGGUGCUUCAACCAGAGCCAUCCGAUCACCAAUGAAACCUACAGACAGUCAUUUUCACGAUCGAUGAUAUCCAUAGUAGAGCAAACUAUAGAGAAAAUGAAAACUCCAGUUAAAUAUCUCAACAUCACGAGACUAUCAGAAUAUCGGCGUGAAGCUCAUACAGCUAUAUACACCGUGAGGCAACAGAAGCUCUUAACUGAUGAAGAGAGAAAGCAACCUGAGAAAUUUGCAGACUGUAGCCACUGGUGUCUUCCAGGAUUGCCUGAUACCUGGAAUUCUUUGCUUUAUACUUCGAUCCUCAGACCUCCCUCCGUUGUUCCAUAAGUUUUUGGUGUUUUUGUGUCAUAUUUAGUGUUGCAGAUGCCCCUUUUUUUGUGGCAUUGUACAUUAUUUCUUGUAUCAUAGCGAUUCAUUAGCCUGAGAGCUCUACGGGAACAUGUCAGAUCAAAACCUGCCUGAUAAGCAUAUUGCUUUGUAUGGAAGAUUUGAAUAGAUUGGGAUUCUUUGCAA